UACUAUGCGAAGAAGAAGAGAAGAGCACAACAGAUGCAAGGGGAAGAUGGUUCGCAUAAGAAGGAGAGGAAACUCUACAACGAUGGUUGGGAUGACGAUAAUCACGAUUAUAUCAUCAAGAAUGGGGAAAAGUUCCUCGAUCGAUACGAGAUCGAUUCUUUAAUAGGUAAAGGCAGUUUUGGCCAAGUAGUGAAAGCAUUUGACCACGAAGAGCAAACGCAAGUGGCAAUAAAAAUCAUCAAGAACAAGAAGCCUUUUCUUAAUCAAGCACAAAUCGAAGUUAGGCUAUUGGAAAUGAUGAAUAGAGCGGAUACCGACAACAAGUAUUAUAUAGUUAAACUGAAGAGGCAUUUUAUGUGGCGAAAUCACUUAUGUCUGGUAUUCGAACUGCUAUCGUAUAAUCUAUAUGACCUACUUAGAAAUACGAAUUUCCGAGGAGUGUCAUUGAACUUGACAAGAAAGUUUGCACAGCAACUGUGUACUGCCCUCUUGUUCCUGUCUACGCCGGAAUUGAACAUCAUUCACUGUGAUCUGAAACCUGAAAACAUCCUUUUGUGCAAUCCCAAACGAAGUGCGAUAAAAAUAGUCGACUUCGGUAGCUCGUGUCAACUUGGACAAAGAAUAUAUCAGUAUAUCCAGUCCAGGUUCUACAGAUCUCCGGAAGUCUUGUUAGGAAUACCUUAUGACCUCGCGAUAGACAUGUGGAGUCUGGGAUGUAUUUUAGUAGAAAUGCACACGGGAGAACCUCUAUUUAGUGGGGCCAAUGAGGUCGAUCAAAUGAACAAAAUCGUAGAAGUACUAGGAAUGCCACCGAAACAUAUACUGGACCAAGCGCACAAAGCGCGGAAGUACUUUGACAAAGUCUCCACGGAUGGCUCGUACGUGCUGAAAAAAUCCAAGGACGGUAAAAAAUACAAACCUCCCGGCACGAGGCGCUUACACGAUAUUUUAGGUGUCGAAAGCGGUGGCCCCGGCGGCAGGAGAAUGGGGGAACCAGGCCAUUCGAUGUCCGAUUAUCUCAAGUUUAAGGACCUAAUUGUACGGAUGUUGGAUUUCGAUCCGAAGACACGGGUAACGCCGUAUUACGCACUUCAGCACAACUUCUUUAAGAGGACAGCCGAUGAGGGGACCAACACGAACGUUGCUGCUGCCAAUAGCGCGAGCACGAGUCCGGCAGUGGUGUCGAUGAGCCAGGAUCAUGGACUGGUAACCAUGUCGGGACAGGGCAGCAGCAGCAGUAGCGGCGGCGGCAGUCUGCAGCAGAUGCAAGCAUCAAGUCUCCCUGGUGGUGGCUACCAGCCCAUGGACUGUGAGUCCUCGCCCCGUCACACGGGCAGUCGGCGUGCCAUAACAACGGGCUACCCAUCAACGUCGGCCACUGGGGUGCCCACGUCCGCCCCUAUGUCCAUGCAAUCCAUGGACAGUUCCCUGAUACAGAGCUCUCUUGGAUCGUACAAUAGCCUAAUUAUUCCUGGUAUACCCCAUCUGCCUGCGAUGAUGACCUCACCAAUGAUUCAGCAGCAAAACUUCUACAACUACGGCUACUCGUCUACUGAUACACACGGUAUGGUUAGACAGCCGUCAACGGUGUCGUCCGGUAACCAGAGAGAUCCAGAGAGAGAAGAUAGCCCAAUGGUCGGGGUAUGCGUCCAACAGAGUCCAGUCGCUAUCCACUAAAGUAGCAGGAG